AUGCGCUAUCCGUCAACCAACUCCGACUGGCCUCCUCAAAUUGCGCAAACCCCAUUCUGUGUUACCGCAGUGAAAUUCAGUCACAAUAUUCCCAGUCUGCUUGCAGUUGGGACAGGUCAAAAUUUUGGGAUCGCUGGCAAGGGAUGCCAACACGUCUACUCCGUAUCUCGUAAUGCCGAGAGUCCUACUCUUCGCGCUUCCUAUUUGUGCGACCAAACAGUACUCGAUUGCGCAUGGAGUGAAGAGAUCUCAUCAGUUCUAGGGGCAGCAUUAGGAGACGGAUGUGUGAAUCUUUGGGACGUCCGACAAGAAAAACUGAACCCUCACCAAUUUUCUCCUCCAUUGCAAAUCCUGAAGGGACAUUCAAGAGAAUGUUUCAGCCUUGAGUGGAACCUCCACCUGCCCCAUUUGCUUCUCACUGCAUCUUGGGAUCUUUCAGUGCGGUUGUGGGAUGUUCCUACCGGCCUUGAGUUACUAUGCCUGCCCGGUGUUCAUCAACAGGCUGUUUACAAGGCAGCAUGGUGUCCGCUUCAGUCGUCUAUUCUUGCGACAUGUGGCGGAGAUGGGUGUAUGAGAAUUCUCGACGUCCGCGAAAACGCUGGUCGAACCAAUCCCAGUUCAUCUUCAUUCCUCGCCAAAUCAUUAGCCACUCAAUUUGCUCAUGAGGGUGAAGCACUAGCAGUCGACUGGAACAAGUUCUCACCAUUUGUAAUAGCAACUUCGGGGACAGACAACGUGAUACGUCUUUGGGAUAUUCGAAAGCUGCAGGCCAGCAACAAAACGUCGAGCACUCCCUUCGAAGGCUGCCUGGAGUCGUUGCGAGGGCAUUCAUUAGCUGUAAGGUGCAUCCAGUGGAGUCCUAUCCGAGAGGCCGUUCUUGCCAGUGGAUCCUAUGACAUGACUGUUGGGGUGUGGGACUGUCGAAGGGCAGCUCUCCAGCAUCGAUAUUCUCAUCACUCAGAAUUCGUCGUCGGGCUAGAUUGGAACAUCUUUGCUGACGGCGUUCUCUCAUCUGCGAGCUGGGAUGGUUCAUUUGGUGUGUGGGAUUGCCUAAGAGGCAGCGGGCCAGUACAGUUGAAGAAAAAGUUUUGA